AAAUUGGUCAUAACCAGGAAUGCAGUUGGGAAAUGGACACGUAGGUGUUUUGCCAAAUUGCCAAUAGAAAUAGAUAAUAAAAGGGGAAAAAAAUCCCUAAAAAGAAAAAAGAGCAAACGGUUUCUGAGAUUAAUGUAAUGAAAUGAAAUGAACGGUGAAGAUACAGAGGCACCCUCCACACGACUUCAUCUCCAUCGUCGUCUGCCUCCGUCCAUCUCCAGCGUCCGAUCAAAAUAUACCCAUUAAAUCCUCUCCCUCGACCAAGUUGUUGUUUUAAGCUGUUGGUUGAAUGGCGGAAGCGGUGGGCAGCCCCGGCAGCCAGGAGAGCCCUCACUCGGGCGAGCAGAGUCCCCUAUCAAAUGUGCGGGAGCAGGAUAGGUUUCUGCCCAUUGCUAAUAUCAGCCGCAUUAUGAAAAGGGCGCUGCCCGCGAAUGGGAAAAUCGCCAAGGAUGCCAAAGAGACCGUGCAAGAAUGUGUUUCAGAGUUUAUCAGCUUUAUUACCAGCGAGGCCAGUGAUAAAUGCCAGCGUGAGAAGAGAAAAACAAUCAAUGGUGAUGAUCUGCUGUGGGCAAUGAGCACUCUAGGUUUUGAGGAUUACAUCGAGCCCUUGAAGAUUUAUUUGCACAAUUAUAGGGAGGUAAAGGGUGACAAUAAGGGUUCAUCAAAGUCUGGAGCUGAUCAAUCUGGUAAGAGAGAUUUAGGUGGACCACAAGGUGUAUCAAGUGCCCAGCAUAUGAUGCCAAUGCAAGGAGGUCAUUUGUCGUGAUAUAUUAUACAAGUGGUUUUCUCAAUACACACCAGACCAAUCGUAGUUAUAAGGCCAGUUAAUUGAGUUCUAAAUAAUGAUAUCUGGUAGACUACCAUUGAGCAAGCUUAAUUUAUUUGUUAUGUCAGUAUAUCAUUUUCAAAAGUAUAUUUUGUACGGAGACAAUUGUUAUGCCCAUUCGUGAAAGUGGCAGUACAAUUUCUCUGAUAGUGAAUUCAUAGAUGGUUGCAAUAGGGGAUAUAAUUAAUUAGUUUCUUUUACAGGUUAAAAUUUAUAUUGUCAAUUAUUAUAGAUUUCAUCUCGAGACUAUGGAGAUGGACAUAGGUAAUAUGUUCAGAAUGGAAUACUUCAUGGUCUAGUCAAUUUAAGUUGGGCGCCAUCUUUAACUAUUUCAUUUUUUGUAUUUAAAUGCUUUGGGCAUACUAGAUUUUAGGGAACAAAGCUCUUAACUGUUGCAACUCUUUAUAACUCUUUUAUACUAAUGCAUUAUAUUGUUUCUUUCA